AUGACAUUAUCUAGUAGGUGGAAAAUUCUGAAUAAAGAGUUGGCGAAAUGGAGAGAUGCCUUGGCAAAAGUGAUGAACAACCAUAGAAGCGGGGAAAACCUUAGCAAUAAGGUGGUGAAGAAUUGUAAGAGAUUUCGAAUUAUUCCAACAGGUCCGACGGUGGUGUUGAACGAGACACCAGCAUCGGAUUCACCUAUGGAUUCCCCGAUGAGUCAAGACUCACCUAUCGAAAAGGAGCCGAGGCCUAUUGGGAGGAAGGCGGCGAAGGCGAAGAGAGAGAGUAAUUCUACCAAGAAUGCAUCUAAAUUUUUGGAGGAAAUUUCAAAGCACCAAGCCAUGAGAAUUGAAAUGGACAUGAAACAACAAGAGCACGAUAGGGCAAUUCAACUAGAAUAUGCAAAAGAAAUGGAGUAUGUACGCCAAGAAAAGAUUGAAAAAAAGGAUCGGGAAACAAUGGCCAUGGAUACAAGCCAUAUGUCCCCUGAAACAAAAUAA